UAUUAUUAUUACUACAAUAAUAAUAAUAGUAACUUGUACUUAAACUCUGACCUCUACUUUUAAGUUUUUCUCAUACUUUACGGGUCCAAUUCAAUUCAAAUCCCUUUCUCACAGAAACUCUUCCAUCUGUCACCGUCCGAUACCUCCUUCUCCACACAAAUCUCCACCGUUGAUUAACUCCUUCUCCCACUAUGUAUUCCACACACCCUUUUCCUCUUUCAUUCUCCGAUUGGCCGGUUCGGCGGUUCGGUCCCGAUCCAAUUGGCUCGUUUUCAGUGUCAAAAUCUCCCCUCUAAUCUUCUUCCACAACCACCAUCAACUCCAUCGUUCAUCGCGCUUAAUCCACUAACUAACCUUCUAUUUUGCGGCGCUACGUGUCACCCAAUCCGAACCAACCUCUUUUCUCAGCUUCGUAACCGAUCCGUAAUAACAACUUCACAAACAAACAAACCCGAACUCUUUCGUAACCGUCUCAACAAACUACCCGAGAUCUUCGGUAACCGUUUCACAACCGCCUUAACAAACUUCCCGAGAUCUUCGAUAACCGUUUUCGUAACUGUUUCAACAAACAAUCCUAGAUCUUCGGUAACCGCUUCGCAACCGUUUCAGCUAUGGAGGAAAAAGCCGCGUGCGGCGGCGUUGGUAGGACGAGCACGAAACUUUCCGACGUGGUUCUCGACUGCGUGAUGCCGUACAUCCACGACCCGAAAGACAGGGACGCGGUGUCUCAGGUGUGUCGGAGAUGGUACGAGCUUGAUUCGUUGACGAGGAAGCACGUGACGAUUGCGUUGUGUUACACAACGACGCCGGAUAGACUCCGGCGAAGGUUUCCUCACUUGGAGUCGUUGAAGUUGAAAGGGAAACCUAGGGCGGCGAUGUUUAACUUGAUACCGGAGAAUUGGGGAGGGUUUGUUACUCCUUGGGUGAAAGAGAUUUCCAAGUAUUUUGAUUGUUUGAAAUCGUUGCACUUUCGUCGUAUGAUUGUAGCUGAUUCUGAUCUUCAGAUUCUUGCUCGUUCGCGAUGUAAUAGUCUUCAUGCUCUUAAGUUAGAGAAGUGUUCUGGAUUCUCCACUGAUGGACUUUACUAUGUUGGUCGCUUUUGCAAGAAUUUAAGAGUCUUGUUUAUGGAGGAAAGCUCAGUUGUCGAGAAAGAUGGUGAAUGGCUGCAUGUGCUUGCUUUAAAUAAUACAGUUCUUGAGACACUUAAUUUUUACUUGACUGAUAUUGCCAAUGUCAGAAUUCAGGACCUCGAACUUAUAGCAAAAAAUUGUCCCAACUUAGUCUCUGUGAAAAUUACUGAUUGUGAAAUCUUGAAUCUGAUGAACUUCUUCCGAUAUGCAUCUUCUCUAGAAGAAUUUUGUGGAGGUUCCUACAAUGAAGAUCCAGAAAAGUACUCUGCUAUAUCAUUACCAGCAAAGUUAAGUCGUUUGGGUUUGACGUAUAUUGGAAAGAAUGAAAUGCCGUUUGUGUUCCCUUAUGCAGCAAUGCUAAAAAAAUUGGAUCUUCUCUAUGCAAUGCUAGAUACGGAGGAUCAUUGUACAUUAAUCCAGAAAUGCCCCAACUUGGAAGUCCUUGAGUCAAGGAAUGUAAUCGGAGACAGAGGAUUAGAAGUUCUUGCUAGCUGUUGUAAGAAGCUGAGAAGGCUAAGGAUUGAAAGAGGCGAUGACGAUCAAGGAAUGGAAGACGAAGAAGGCAUUGUUUCCCAGAGAGGACUAAUUGCCUUAUCACAAGGCUGUCCAGAGCUUGAAUACAUGGCUGUUUAUGUAUCAGACAUCACAAACGCAUCUCUGGAACACAUCGGUACUCACUUGAAAAACCUUUGCGAUUUUCGCCUCGUCUUGCUUGACCGUGAGGAGAAGAUAAGUGAUUUGCCACUUGACAAUGGGGUGAGGGCAUUACUGAGAGGUUGUGACAAACUUAGAAGAUUUGCCCUUUAUCUCAGACCUGGAGGCAUAACUGAUGUCGGCCUAGGUUACAUCGGACAAUACAGUCCAAACGUGAGAUGGAUGCUACUCGGUUACGUCGGCGAAACCGAUGCAGGACUGUUGGAAUUCUCCAAAGGUUGUCCAAGUCUUCAGAAACUUGAAAUGAGAGGGUGCUCAUUUUUCAGCGAGUAUGCACUAGCUAUUGCUGCAACUAGGCUAACAUCUUUGAGGUAUCUAUGGGUACAAGGGUAUGGAGCAUCACCAUCUGGACGUGAUCUUUUGGCAAUGGCUAGACCAUAUUGGAACAUUGAGUUGAUUCCUUCUAGACGUGUGGUUGUUAAGAAUCAACAAGAUGAACUUGUUGCUGUUGAACAUCCAGCUCAUAUUCUUGCUUAUUACUCACUUGCUGGUCCAAGAUCAGAUUUUCCUGAUACUGUUAUACCUUUGGAUCCUGCGGCAUAUUAUUAAUUAGACUGUCACUAAUGGUCAUUUUACAACCGUCUGGUGAAAUUUGAAUUCCUUGAGGUUAUAAAGCUAAACUUUUACCAUUGAAUUAACACCUCAAGUGAUCCUGCAGCAGCAUAUGUUGACACGUAAAGUUGUAUAUACAAAUUUUUUCCCUUUCUUCUUUUGAAGUCCUUUUGUUUUUCAUUUGAAAAUGUUGCUUGUAAGUGGUUGAAGUGUUUUUUUUAGCUUUAGAGGGUUUCAAUUUUCACUGUAAUUCCUAGACAAUAGUCUUGCAAUAAGCUUGUGUUCUUUUUUGUGAUUCAGAUAUGCUUCUAUAACUUAUGCAGCUAGUUUUCCAUUGAAGAUGCUCAAUUUUGUGAAUACAAAAUUAAGGAUUGUUUUCA